UCUGAAGAGAAAAACAAAACUUUUCCAUCUUCUAUUCUAUCAAUGGCGUCUAGACUAACAUCGCUUUUCCUCUUCUUCUUUCUCAUAUCUUGCACAUUUUUGUUGCAUGAAACCAAUGCAUCAAGAAAAAUGGGUAGAAGCUAUAUUCCACUGUGCGGAUCAAGAGAUGAUUGUGAUGGCAUAUGGUGUAAAGGAAAAGCAGGAAAGACUGGACAGUGUAACAUGUGGACUUGUAACUUUGAUGAAUAUUGUCGUAAGAUUGUUCGUUGCGAAAACUCGCCAGGACCAUAUUGUAUGGAAGGAAUAUGUACUUGUUAAAAAAGCAUACUUUGUUUAAAAGAAUGCAUAGUGCAUUACUACAAUAAAGUAGUUUAUUAGGUAA